AUGUUCUAUCAUGGCUUUGAAAAUUACCUCGAGCACGCAUUUCCCGAAGACGAACUACGGCCCUUAACCUGUGGACCCUUGACUCGCGACGAGAAACGCGACGAACAUAACGAUGUCUUGGGCAAUUAUUCCUUGACGUUGAUUGAUAGUUUGUCAACGCUGGCUAUUCUGUCUUCGAGUCCAGAGAGUGGAGACCAGUCUCUUGGAUACUUUCAAGAUGGUGUAAAAGACUUUGUUAGAAUGUAUGGGGAUGGUUCGCGCGGCCCUGCUGGUCGGGGAGAGCGUGCAAGGGGAUUUGAUAUUGAUAGCAAGGUGCAAGUGUUUGAGACUGUUAUUCGAGGACUUGGUGGAUUACUUAGUUCACAUCUUUUUGCCAUAGGCGAGCUACCUAUCACUGGAUAUACACCUUCAGAACAAGAUGCAUCCUUUGCAGCUGCGUGGGACAAGACACUAUUCUCUGAAAAUGAUCAUGGAAUUGAAUGGAGGAAUGGAUUCGUAUACGAUGGCCAACUACUCCGAUUGGCAGUUGAUUUAGCACAUCGGCUCCUUCCCGCAUUUUAUACGGAGACCGGCCUGCCUUAUCCGCGCGUCAAUCUACGUCAUGGGAUACCAUUCUAUGAAAACUCGCCUUUGAAUCUCAAGUCUCGCCCAGAAACCAAGAAGAAGAAAUACUCCUACCUGGCUACCGCGGAAGUGACUGAGACCUGCAGUGCAGGCGCAGGCAGCUUGGUUCUUGAAUUUACUGUCCUGAGCAGACUCACCGGUGAUGGCCGAUAUGAGGAACUAGCCAAGAGAGCGUUUUGGGCUGUCUGGGCUCGCCGCAGUGACAUUGACUUGCUUGGAUUUGGGAUUGAUGUCGAGUCUGGUAAAUGGGUCGGCUCAUAUGCUGGGAUUGGUGCCGGCAUUGACAGUUUCUAUGAAUAUGCCCUCAAAUCCCAUGUUCUGCUUUCCGAAGGAGAACGUCCCCCCUUUGAUACCAAGAGCCAUUGGAAGGCAUUGGAUGAUUAUUAUCUCCCCUUAACGGAAGAUCAACAUUCUCCCGAUUCCUUUCUCCAGGUCUGGGAGGAUUCACAUCAAUCAAUCAACCGCCAUCUAUACCGAGGUGAAGGGUAUCAACACCCCCAUUUAGUUGUUGGAGAUGUAAUCACGGGAGCUACCCGGGCCUUCUGGAUUGAUAGCCUGAGUGCAUACUAUCCGGGACUUUUGGCACUUGAUGGAAAGCUAGACGAGGCGAUUCAAAUCCAUCUUCUCACAACCGCGAUUUGGACCCGCUUUUCUGGCCUUCCCGAGCGGUGGAAUGUGGCUACAGGUGAUAUUGACGGCGGUCUUUCCUGGUAUGGUGGUCGACCUGAAUUCAUCGAAUCUACAUACUAUAUUUACCUGGCAACCCAAGAUCCCUGGUACUUACAUGUCGGAGAAAUGGUUCUUCGUGACAUCAAGCGCCGAUGCUGGACAAAAUGUGGAUGGGCUGGACUACGCAAUGUUCAAACUGGAGAGAUGAUCGAUCGCAUGGAAAGUUUCUUCCUCGGAGAAACUGCCAAGUAUAUGUUCCUUCUCUUCACUCCCGAACAUCCCCUGAACAAGUUGGAUGCGCCGUGGGUAUUCUCCACGGAGGGCCAUCCUUUGAUAAUUCCGAAAAAGACCAGGCCAGCUCAGCCUCAGCCCAAUCGCCGGCAAGACGUUUCCACAUUUCAGCACACUGCUGAGAAUAUCUGCCCCGUAGUUCCUGGCUCACUCAGCUUCGGCGUGUCAUAUACAGCAUCCCGGUCUGAUAUCUUCCACGCUGCCAGCUUGGCGCGUUUACACCUUCGUCCUCGCCGCGGCACAAAUGAAGGACCUAUCCUACCGGAGUCACGCAACCACCAAAGUGUAUUAGUAUCUGACUUAACAUCGCCGACGAACUAUACAUUUUACCCCUGGACGCUCCCUCCACAACUCGUUCCCUUCGACGCAACCAGCGCGCCCAUGGCUGUCCGCCCAACGCUCGACAUCUCAUUCCCAUCUCUACCUGGCGGCGUCAACCUAGGACCUGGAGCCUUGGAGCGAAUUCAAGACGGAAUUCUCGUCAAAACCAUCGGAGGACUUCGACUAAGCAUGAUCCAAGAUGUGCCACUAAUCUCUACCGAGAAAGGCAAAGAAGGAGACGGAUUCCGGGUGCAAGUGAUCAACAAUGUGCCCUUAGGCAAAGAUGAGAAGGUAUAUCUCUCACGCCAGGUCACAUUUGACGUUGUCGAUCCCUAUGAUCCCAACUUUACCCGAGUCCGCGACAGUACAAUUCUAGAUCUCGUCAUUGACGUUCUCCCAGAGCCCCCUCGCCGAAACAAUGGAUCAGCUUAUCCACGAUCUGAGCAAACUGAAACAGAACAUGGAAAUGAUUCGAAAGAUCCACAGCGACUCGGUCGACCACGACCCGGACCCGCCUCAUCAGUCCACGAUAGCCCAACAUUAGACUCUCCCAUGAAAACUAUCUUAUCGUCACUAGUCAACUCGGUCUCUUCUCUCCUCCGAGAUGACCCUCAUGAAGAUGCUCCCCUCCGCCUCAGCCUCCCAGCAACUAUACCUAUAGGCGUUGGCGCUGCACCUCUUCCCGAAGUGGACGAUGCAGCCAGCGUCUCGCUAUUUGGAAACCCAUCAACCUCUCGACUGUCAUGGUCCUCUAUCUAUUUCGCAGGGGACCUCUGUAACGAGCGAAUCCUGCGUGACGUCGCCCAAAAUCACGAAGUCUUGGUAAUCAAACGAGGACAGUGUACAUUUUCACAAAAACUACGCAACAUCGUCGCAUACAGGCAAUCGCGAUCAUCACUGAAACUCGUCGUCGUAGUCUCCUACGAUGAUGAGAUUCCUCCCACUGCACCUCCUGCAUAUGAUCACGAUCCCGAAUCCGAAUCCGAAUCCGAAGAGUACACCAGCGAACAGCCCCAGCCAAGGCCUCAGCGAAGAGUUCCACUAGCUGCCCUACGCGCAGAACCAUACCUUAUUCGUCCUCACCUCGAAGAAGGUCAAGUGACAGCUGGUGGAAUUUCUCGCAAUCACCCCAUUAGCAUGGUCAUGGUUGGUGGUGGCGACGAAACAUAUUCCCUUUUGCACGGAGCUACCGGGAUCGGCAUUCGAAGAAGGUAUACAAUGCGCUCGCAAGGUGUCCCUAUCACAAAUUUGCAUAUCAUUUGA